GUGACUUCCAGGUGUCCAUGGAUGCGUCCUCCCGAUCCCAGCCUCGAGUGACUCUUCAUAACAGCUCCGAACAGCUAUAUACGCCUUCGGGUCUUCCAUAUCCAGCUCCGCUUUCCUGAGUCCCUACCCCACCCUUAUCCCCCAUUAGGCAGGUCAAGACCGCCCUUCAUGGCACGCCGUUUCGUGCUCUAUGGCGUUGCCUCGACCGUGUUCGCCUUUGGCGUGGUCUCUACGGCCCUGCGGACGAGAGCCAACUUUUAUGCGGCAGCUGUAUCUAUUGGAAAGAGCAGCGGAUCUAUGAUGAUACUAGGUAAUUUUACCCUCUUCAAUGCCAUAUUAUUAGGAAUAGGUGUAAAGAAUUUAUUCUUUGGCCAGCUGCGAACCAUCGAAUAUGAGCAUUUAUGGGAGAAGUUAUGGAUGUUCUUAACUGAAUCAUUGCUGGCACUGGCCAUUUUCCGAGAUGAUUUCUCCAUUUCUUUCAUGGCCAUGUUCAGCGUCUUGGUGUUCUUGAAGUGUUUCCACUGGAUCACAGCCGAUCGAGUAGACUAUAUGGAUCAAAUUCCUCCGCCAGGUCCGCCUAGGCAAUUCCACAUCCGAAUGGUCUCCAUCAUCUCCCUCCUUAUGCUCCUCGACUUCCUCUUUGUCUCAUAUUCUCUCGAAACUAUACUUCUCGAGGGUGUGUCCGCCAUGAUCAUCUUUGCAUCCGAAUUCAUCAUUCUUCAGGCGACGAUCGCCGGCAGCGCAGCUAGGUACGCUGUUGGUGUGAUAGAUUUGAGACGGGCUCGGGGAAGAGAAGAUGCACCAGUCUGGGAGGCAAAGAGCACGUACCUCUUCUACAUCGAUCUUUCUGUUGACUUUGUCAAACUCCUCACCUACCUCAUGUUCUUCACAGUCAUCUUCCUCAACUACGGUCUCCCGCUUCACAUUCUCCGUGACGUCUAUCUGACCUUCAUGUCAUUCAUGGGCCGAAUUCGCGAUCUUAUGCGUUACCGACGCGCCACGCGUGAUAUGGACAACUUGUAUCCCGACGCCACUGAAGAGGAGCUUGAAAGGUCGGGUGAUCGGACGUGUAUCAUUUGCCGUGAGGAGAUGAUCUCUCGGAACCAAAGGGAAAGGGAAGGGAUGCAAGUUAAUGAGGGCGGGCCUAAUGAGACGCCAAAGAAACUUCAGUGUGGACAUGUGUUCCAUUUUCAUUGUUUGCGCAGCUGGCUUGAAAGGCAGCAAAAGUGUCCCACUUGUCGCCGAGAUGUCCUCACGCGUCAGAGACCUCCUGGUCUCGUGUACAACCCUCCAAUGCCCCAGGAACCAUUAAGGCCCGCCCCAGCUGCACGUCCAGGUGACCACGGUCGAGACGCCCAGCUUGUCGAGCUGAUGCGUCAAAACUUGAAUGAGUAUUUCCCUAAUGAUAACAACAAUCGUCGGGAUGGGGCUGCUAGAAUAUCUACUACUCAAGGCACAAACUCGCGUGCGGGGGAGAGUUCUGGUUCUCAAGAAGGAACUGAGCAAAGGAUACAGAGAGGUAUUUGGGGAGGACCUAUCGUUCCUGGUCGUUUUACUCCUGCUCCACUUGGUGCGGCUCCCAGAAUAUCUUCACCUUCCACCCCCUUCACAUUACACCGAAGUGGGCAAGCAACCCCCACUCGAACCGUUCCUCAAAUUUUUGCCAAUCAGCAGGAAGACAACGACAACCUUCCAUCAAAUCCUCGUAUUCCUCAAGAUUCACCGUCAUACUAUAACAAUUCCCGAGUCGUCUCGGGCAACGUCACACCCUUUUCUUCAAAUCCGCCUUUCAGUUUCAGUAAUACCGGAGCUGCUAGGGCUACGAGAGAAGAGGCUGGACAGGAUGACAAUGAUGUUAGAAGGCAGGUUGCGGAUGCGGCACUGAGAAGAUUAGGGGGUAUGACUGGGAGCGGGGAGUCUCUACCUUCUGUCAGAGAAGACAAGGGAAAGGAAAGAGAGCACAUGCAAGAAGAAAACGAGCUGGACCGAUGGGACGCUGUACCUCGUGUCCAUGCCCAAUUAGCUCCCAAGCAAUUCCACGCUCUCGACCACGACCAUCUAUCUCGCUCCAACAAACGGCCUAAACUUGAUAGUUCUGCAGCAUACACGCCGCCCUUCGAAAACUGGACACAGAGGAUAGAGAGGACAUCCGAUGGUACCAGGCGAGGAUUGGAUGAGCGGUUAAAGUUGCUGGGUCAGGUAGAUGAAAGGAUUUGGGGGUUAGUGGGUGAACUAACGAGAUUGAGGAGUGAGUGGGAAGCGGAGGAUGGCGCAGUGAGCGGGACAUCUUCCCGCUCACGUUCGUCACCGGGUGAGGGUGCUGCUGCACCUAUAGCUGCAUCAUCUGUGUCUGACCCACCAAGGGGGGACGAUAGUGGUGUGGAGCAGUAGUGUAGUGGUAUAGUAAUCAUAACAGCAUGGUAGUAGGAUAUAUGUAAUCGUUGUCGGCAGUCUUCAGAUACCGUACGUAGUUGAGACGUACUACGUAAGUUCCUCGGUAAUCCGGUAUUCUGGGAAGCCGAGUGUCAACGUCUGUGCCUGAGCGGACUGAGUAUGCUGCAUGCUGCUUGGGAAACUUCUAAAAGAAUGUAAUCAUUUGUCCAUGC